GUGGUGCGUGCUGCGAGUCCCGUCUUGCUACGCGUGAUCGUGUUGGGCGCAUUUUUCAUCUACUGCACGACGAUCGUGAUGUAUCCUCGGCCGAACGUGAUAACGUGCACGGUUCGAGUUUGGCUGCGAGAGAUUGGAUUCUCUCUCACCUACGGCGCCCUCAUGCUUAAAACUUGGCGAAUAUCAGUAAUAUUCCGCGUGAAGUCGGCCAAGGCGGUGAAAAUCACGGACGCCAGUCUGCUGAAGCGUCUAGGAGUGAUCGUAAUGAUAUUCAGCGUGUUCCUGAGCAUCCGCACCCUGGUGGCACCGCCGGUGGUGAUAGUGGCACGCACGGCCGACGACCUCAAGGCUUAUCUGUGCCGGACCGACUGGUGGGAUCACAGUUUCACGACGCGUGAGUGA